AUGCCUAUGGUAGACUACUUAAAAGAACUUAAGAGUGUGUGUGAGCAACUUGCAUCUAUAGGGAGUCCAGUUAGUGAGAUGAUGAAGAUAUUUGCUGCUUUGAAUGGUCUAGGUAUGGAGUAUGAACCCAUCGAAACUUCUAUUGAAGGGAUCUUGGAUUCUACUCCCUCACCAACUCUGGAAGAUGUAAUUCCUCGUCUUACGGCUUACAAUGACCGUUUGCUAGCGUACAACGUGGAUUCCAACAUUACACCACACUUGGCUUUCAAUAAUCAGAGGUUUGACGGGUCAGGCUACGGAAACAGAGGCAGGGAAAGCUCACAAAGAUCUCGAGGCCGAGGCUCGUACUCCACUAAGGGCAGGAGGUUUCACCAACAUAUAUCACCCUCUGUUACUAGUUCUCCAGGCUCUGUUGUCUCCGGUUACACUGUUGAUGGUAGACUAGUGUGUGAAAUUUGUGGAAAAGUGGGUCACGGUGUAUUCAAGUGUUGGCAUCGCUUUGACAACACGUAUCAGUCUGACUUGCCUGCUACAUUGGCUGCCUUGGGGAUCACAGACGCCCAAUAUCAGGGAGGACAUGAGUGGACUACAGACAGUGGAGCCACUGCACAUAUUACGAGUUCUCAGAAUCACCUGCAGCAGUCAAGAGUCAUGACAUGCAGUACAUUGGUGCGGACACUGUCAUGA